AAUUACAAGUAUGAUGACAUUGACAGUUCAAAAGUUUAUUGUUUAGAAGAUUGCUAUUAUUCUACAAAUAUCAAAUUUAUUAUGAAAUCCCAACACUGUUAGAGUAAAUUUUUCUACUUACGCUUUGUACUUUAGGUGGUUUUCACAUUAGAACGAGUUUUUUAGACCUUGAGUAGAAAUGGAAGAUGACGACGUACCGGCACUCUCUGCGGAAACUUUCGCAGCUCUCCAAGAAUUUUAUGCAGAACAACAAAAGCGGCAAGAGAUUUUAGAAAAGUUAGAAUCUCAGAAACAACUAAAUGAAAAUAUUUUAUUUGACGAAAAUUGGCAAUUAAGUCAAUUUUGGUAUAAUGAAUCUACAGUACAGGCUCUGGUCAAAGUAAUUGAUAAAGUUGUACCAGAUGGAGGCAAAGUAGCUCUUAUAUCUUGUCCCACACUCUUUGUGCCUGCAAAGAGACAUAUUGGAAGCAGAAUUGAUGUUUUACUUCUUGAAUAUGACAGAAGAUUUGAGGUCCACGGGACUGACUACAUGUUCUAUGAUUUUAAUUUUCCUGAAAAGUUGCCGGACGACUUAAACCAUAGUUUCGACCUAGUCGUUGCAGACCCACCUUACCUGUCCGAGGAAUGUAUAACAAAAACUUCUCAAACCAUAAAACUGUUAGGUAAAGACAAGAUCGUAGUUUGUACGGGGGCUAUUAUGAAGGAUCAGGUGGAGAAACUAUUGAACCUAAAGCAAUGUGCAUUCCAGCCAAAACAUAGAAACAACCUCGCUAACGAGUUCUGUUGUUAUUCUAACUUUGAACUUGAUGAAAUCUUAAGAUAAUUGGGGAAGUAUUCUCUGUAACGUGUCUUACUUACUGUACAGUCAUUGAAAAUGUAUCUGAGGAUCAUGAUAUAAUAUACACUGAUGUGAUAAUAUAAAAUGAAAUUAGUUAUAAGGUUAUAAAUAAAAUGAAACACACACAAAAACA